AUGGCGGAGCGGGAGUCCCCUCCCUCUUUUACGCCACUGCCGCCAGCCGCGGAAGAUCGUGAGGCAGAGGACCAGUCUGAUGCUAGUGUGAAGAUGGACAUUGAAUCUCACCCUACGCCUGGGAGAGACCUCCACGGGGGAGCAGUGUCUGAAGAGCAGCCAGCUGGUGCUCCGACAACUUCGUCUCUGCAAGAACAACAUAUUGGGCACAACAGUUCGCCGGAAACAGUCUCGACAGGCUUUGCUGUUGAUCUCGACGAUGGAGUCUCUCCUGAGACUACACCCGCUGCAGACGCUCGUUCGCAGGCAUUGCGCAGCAAGUGGAACCAGCUCUCAACGCUGGCAGAUUCUUUCAUCGGGAAUUUGAUAACCACGGGUGAUAGUCGAAGAGACGCCCUGGAUAAACGACGCGUUGCUCUAGAGAACAUAAGCAGCUUCUUGAAGUGUAGUCAAGAUCACACACAUCCUCCCUUGCUUGAACUCGAGAAGUCGCUGUUGGUUCUUCAGGACAGGGAGCAAAAGUUGUAUAAGAUGGACGAAACCUUGAUCGGACAAGGGGACGAACUUCAAACCCAAGCCUCCAAGAUCUUCGGACCCGUCGCAAAUGUCUCCUUCGAGAUUCUGGACCAACAGGGCGUAGUUGUCCAGUCAUCUGAGGAUGACACAGAUGAAUCAACUUUCAUGGAAGAUGACAUCCGGCUGGACAAAACCUCGGAAGCUCAACAUUACCUGUCCAAGAAGGGAGAUGUCGACCUCCUCAGAGAGAGCUUGAUGGAACUGGAGGUGGAGCGGGUGUUGAUUGCGGAGGACCAGACUCUUGAGGAAGAAGACCCUGGUCUUCUCGACAGCUUGGAAUCCCGAGAGCAAGAACUGAGGCAGCAGCUCAAACUGGCCGAGAACGAUCUAGACCAACUACAUGACAAAUUGCCCGAGAGAAAGGUGGACAUACCCGAAGAUCAACUGCGCCCCCUCGAUGAGCGAACAGAGCCUGUCUCCGAUCUGAGUCUGUCCACGCGUGGCUCGGUACAUCAGGAGGGCCAAGAGACGCAGGAGCCAGCCUCUCGUCCCCGAGACAGUCUGCUCCAGAUACUGGAAAGUGUGACCGACGAAAACCCCGUGCGGGCUAAUACACUGGUGAAUGCCUAUCUCUACUAUCAACUGAAAUCGUCGCCAGAGGAACAACUGGCUUUCUCGAGAGCUGUGCAAGACGCUGUGCAGGACGGCGAUCAACCUGUCGAGACUGAUCCACAGUGCAUUUCACUCGAUCACUGGUUUACUGAAGAAGCGAAAUCCAAGCCGAGUAAAUCGAGAGUCAGGGGUAUCUUUAGUCAGGACUCGAACGCAUCGCACCUGGACUAUUCUCACUUGACCCAUGGGCAGAGCGAGCCUCACAUGCUGCCUGCACAGUUUCUGACUUCCGACAAUGUCCGCCGGCUCGACCAGUUCCUCAGAAAUAAGGCUGCAGAUGAGUACCCAAACUCAACCCGGUAA